AUGGUAAAUGAAGAGAGUCAAAUUGAUCCGGAUGUAAAUCUUUAUUUUGUUGUGCCUAGCAAGUACAAGACUGAAGAUAAUUGUGUUGAAGAUAUGUGGCAUGCAUAUAAUAAAUGUUGUGAGCAUGACUUACAACCAAUUUGGGUUCAUGAGAAGAAGUGUAAUAGUAUGAAACCUGUUAAAAAUGAUGUCUUUAUAAUGGAGGAGUUUAAAGGUGAUACAUUUGAGAAACUGAAGACAUUUAAGUGUCCAGUAGUUGGCCCAAGAUGCUUGUUACUUUGCUUCAUGAAUGGGGAACCAAUUCCAGAAGGUACAAGUCCAGUGUAUACAACAACUAUGAGGGGACUUUGUAUAUGUGCUUCAGGUUUACCUCCACAAGAAAAAGAAUAUAUAGAAAAAUUGGUGGAGUAUAUGGGUGGUAUUUUCACAAAACAAUUACGCAGCCGUGUAACACAUCUUGUAACAGGAUCUGUGAUGUCAGCAAAAUAUGAGACUGCUAUAGAUCUAAAAAUACCAAUAGUUACAAAGGAAUGGGUUGAAGCAAUUUGGGACAUAAAUUUAAAGGAAUUCGUUAAAGCCGAUGACAGCAUGUUUGACAAAUAUAAAGCUUCCGUCUUCCUGAAUUUGAUAGUAACAUCAACAAAUCUUCCAAAACGCCAAAAAGAAGAAAUUAAACAAUUAAUUAAUAAUCAUGGAGGGACAUUUAUGGGUGCUUUAGAUGGUUCAAAAGUUAAAGUUGUACUUGCACCUGAAAAGAGUCCAAUAAGCGAAAAACUGAAGUAUGCAAAACAAGCAAACAUUGCGUGUUUAACACCAAAUUGGGUGUACGAAAGUGUAAAAGUGGGCUAUGCAUUGCCUUUUAAAGAUUUCCUGAUUAAAUCGUUAAAAGCGUGUUCCACUCCGGAGAAAUCACAUGCAUUUGACACAUUUGAUUGUUCCACUAUAAGUUCCAUACCUUGUGAUGUGCAGCAAGAUAAUUGCGUGGACGAAAGUUUAAUAACAACAAGAAGUAAUUUUUCUACCAUGGACUCUUUAUCUAGGGAUACUAGCUCAGUCGCCGUAUUGGAUAGACUUACAUUCAGUGAAGCAAAGUCGGCUGGUCCAUUUUUAGAUGGAUGCAAUAUUUAUCUUGCUGGAAUUGCGUCCAAUCAAAGAGACAAGCUUAAUAAAAUAUUAAAUGUAGGCAGCGCAACACGACUGGACGAUAUAUCGGAUGCUCUAACGCACGUUAUUGUUGGAGAUGCAAAUAAAGCAACUAGUGAGCUCAGAAUGAUGAAAUCAAAAGGAUUAUGUCCUUAUAUUUUAACUUUGGAAUGGUUGGCUGAAAGUAUCAAACUGAAACGACCUGCACCAGAGGAAAAUUAUUUGUUUGAACAACAAAAUAACAUAGUACAAAAAGUUCCAGAACCGCCAUCUCCAUUAAGCAAGAGAAAUUUACAAAUGUUGCAAAAACCGAAAAAAGUUCCGAUACCAUCUUUCGACAUAGAUAAAAAAAUGGCAAUGUUAAAGAAAGAAAGAGAGUCUGAUCUUGUACAGCAGUAUCUUCAAGACACAGUUGUUGCAACAAGUGAAAAAACUAUACAAGAAUUUCUCAAACCACAUACACCUACAGUGGAAGAGAAUAAUGAUAAAACAUUGAUCAAUGAUCGUAAAAGUGUAGCAAGGCAGUCAGAAAAUAUGCUCCCAUCUGAUACACUUAAAAGCAAAUAUGGUGCAGAUGACAGCGCAGUACCAAUUAGUCAAACGUCGACUCUAAAUGAUAGGCUAUUUGAAGGACACACGUUCGUCGUAACUGGCUUUACCGAAAAAGAUAGUUAUGUGGCAGAAACUAUUGCAGCAAUGGGUGGGCAAAUUGUUACAAGCUCGUUUGCUGGUAUCCCAGACUAUGGCGUUGUACCAAAAUGUGGUGCACCGUUGAAACAUACCGUGAAUGAAAUUGUUACCGAUCUGUUUAUUGAAGACUGUGUAAACCAGGAAUUAAUUAUUGAAAUCAUGUAUUAUCAUAGACCUUUGUCUAUAAAGAAACAUUCAAAUCCAUUAUCGGGCUGCGUUAUCACAAUGAGCAUGUAUACUGGUGUAGAACGAACGUACCUUGCAACAUUAGCUACAAAAUUGGGAGCAAUGUGUCAAGAUAUCUUUGUACGUAAAACCAACCUUGAAAGAAACACUUAUGGAAGUACACAUUUGGUCUGUCCAACGCCGGAAGGGAACAAAUACAAUGCAGCAGUGAAAUGGAAAUUACCAGCUGUUACUGCUGAUUGGUUAAAGGCUUGUGCAGUUCAAUCAAAACGCGUUGAUGAAACCCCAUAUCUUGUAGGAGAAACUAUAGCUCCUGAAAGGCCAAAUGAAACUAGUACCACGAAUACAAGUACAUCUAAGUCUAAUGUCGGUGAAAUGUGUCCUCCAACUGAAUCAUCAGCUAGAAACAUUAUUACUCCAAAGCGUCAUUUACCGAAUUUACAGAGUCAAGAGGGUAGUUCCGGCGAGACUCCGCUAAUAAAUAAAAGACUCAGCUUGCUUAUGAAUAAGACACCACAAUCGCCGUUUCAUGUGUCCACGCCAGAAACACCCUAUGGUCAAGUGUUUAAAUCAAACCCCUCGCCAGACACAAGGAAAGGUUGGGUCAAAUGGGUUGACAAUUUCCCAGACUUACGGGUAGAGGAACCUCCCUUAAAACGAAGGGCACUUAGUACUCCUCUUUCCGAAUUAAAAAAACAACUGUGGCAAAAGUUGAAAAAUCAAGGCCAGAAUGAAAGCGUAAGUGAUGAAAAUGAGACAUUGCAUACCGACAGUACUCAACCAUCAGCACCAGAAACUCCUGAAGCCAGAAAAAAUUAUAGUGAAGUUCCCAUAACUACACCUAUUAAUAGAAAAUUGCAGUUUGCCAAUGAAAAUAGUCCACUGCAAAAUAAUGAAAUUAAUAUGCAAAUUGCCCAAUUGGAUCAAGUACUUCAAAGGACGUCAAGUACACCUGAAAAUAGGUAUUCUCUCUCUGGAGAAAAUGCAAACACAUAUAACGCAGAACCGUCUGAUCCUAUACAAAAAUUUAUUGUAAAAGACUCUCAACCCAUUGAUGCUAUUGUAUGGGAAGACCCAAGUCACUCAAAACAAAAAACAAUCUACGAUGAACAGAGUGAAAGUGCUGCGCAUAAUAGCCACACAGUAGAAAAUGAAGUAGAAGAGGAAGAAGAACAGCCAAAAGAACCAAGCCCUCCAAAAAAAUUGAGAUUUAUGCUUUCUGGUAUAAGGGAUAGAACAGCAUGUGAGCAAGUAAUAAAAGACCUUGGUGGCGACGUAUCGUUAGACGCUAGUUUCGACAUGAGUGCAACGCAUUUGCUUUGUAUGAGACCGUCUAGAAAUGAAAAAAUGCUAGGUAGCAUUGCGUCAGGGAAGUGGAUAUUGCAUUGUAUGUACUUGCAAGAUUGCGAACAAGAAGGAAAAUUUCUUGAUGAAGAAAAAUAUGAGUGGGGGAAUCCGAAAAGCAAAGGUGUGAUACCGGAUCCUGCUGCAGAAGUCGAAGAGAUGAUCGCGGCCGCUGCUCAUAAAUGGAGACUUAAAUUAUUAAAGGAACCAAACGGCCCAUUUCACAACAUGGUGGCGUUGAUAUUAGCUACAGGGGAAAAGUAUGAUCAGUUUAGAAGACUGGUUGAAACUGGAGGUGGUAAAGUUGUUCAGGCAAGACCACCGUAUGACACAAGUCCAAAAGGGAAAAAGAUCACUCAUUGUUUCGUUAACGCCAAACAAGUAAGUCAACCAAUCGAUUGGGCAAUGUUGGCGAGUAAAGGUAUCCUUUGCUUCAUGCCACAAUACCUGAGUGAUCAUCUAACUACGCGAACGCCAUUAAAUCCACGAGAAUGCGUGAUCCCUGAAUUUAAAAAGUAUUUAGCGUUACUACCGAAAUAAAACGAUGGUAAUACACGGCUUUUACAAGAUUCUGUAUCAUAACACUGAAAAUUUGUGUGUACAUAGAAGGAAAUAUAUUUGUCAUAUUUUAUUAA